GCCCGCCGGCGGCGGGAAGCGGAAGGGGAGCCGGGCGGGCGCGGCGGCGGAAGCCGAUCCGCCUUUCCGGAGCGCGGCGUGCUCGGAGCCAUGAGCGUCCCGGCCUUCAUCGACAUCACCGAGGAGGAUCAGGCUGCAGAACUGCGAGCUUACCUGAAAUCCAAAGGAGCAGAAAUCUCUGAAGAAAACGCUGAAGGUGGACUCCACGUGGACUUGGCACAGAUCAUUGAAGUGUGUGAUGUGUGCCUGAAAGAGGAUGACAAAGAUGUUGAGAGUGUGAUGAACAGUGUAGUCUCUUUGCUUCUUAUCCUGGAACCUGACAAACAAGAGGCACUGAUUGAAAACCUGUGUGAGAAGUUAGUAAAAUUUCGAGAAGGAGAGCGCCCAUCUCUUAGACUGCAGCUCCUGAGCAACCUCUUCCAUGGCAUGGACAAGAACACUCCUGUGAGGUACACAGUGUACUGCAGCCUUCUGAAAGUGGCCUCGUCCUGUGGUGCCAUCCAGUACAUUCCAACUGAACUAGAUCAGGUCCGAAAAUGGAUUUCUGACUGGAAUCUGGCCACAGAGAAAAAGCAUACUCUGCUGAGACUGCUCUAUGAUGUCCUAGUAGACUGCAAGAAAAGUGACACUGCAGCAAAAGUAAUGGUGGAGCUACUGGGAAGUUACACAGAGGACAAUGCUUCCCAGGCUAGAGUUGAUGCUCACAGAUGUAUUGUACGAGCAUUGAAGGAUCCAAAUACCUUUCUCUUUGAUCAUCUUCUUGCCUUAAAACCAGUCAAAUUUUUGGAAGGGGAACUCAUUCACGAUCUUUUGACAAUUUUUGUAAGUGCUAAACUAGCAUCCUAUGUCAAGUUUUAUCAGAACAACAAAGACUUCAUUGACUCCCUUGGCUUGCUGCACGAACACAAUAUGGCAAAAAUGAGGCUACUUACUUUCAUGGGGAUGGCUGUAGAGAAUAAAGAAAUCUCGUUUGACACAAUGCAACAGGAACUUCAGAUCGGAGCUGAUGAUGUCGAAGCGUUCGUUAUCGACGCUGUAAAGACAAAGAUGGUGUACUGCAAAAUAGAUCAGACACAGAGGAAAGUAGUUGUCAGUCACAGCACACAUCGGACUUUUGGAAAGCAGCAGUGGCAGCAAUUGUAUGACACUCUAAACACCUGGAAACAAAAUUUGAAUCAAGUGAAAAACAGUCUCCUCAGUCUCUCAGACACCUAAGAAUUUUUUUUGACCUAGUAAUAGCAGUAUAGAGAAAUUUUAUUCAAAACUUUGACAAUUUGUGAAAUGUUUCUAAAAAAUGUAUGCAAUUGGUUUAAACAAGUUAAAUAUUCUAAACUGCAACAGAAAAAGAAAAAGGCAAUAAAACUACCAUGGGAAAAUA